AUUCCAAGUUAUUUGUAGAACAUGCAGGCUCAUAAACACUUUAUUUUACAGUGUUUACAUUUCAUAAAUAAAAAUGUAUAAAAGUGGGAUUCUGUAUACAGCUUCGCUCAAUCCUCAUUAAAGUUCUGAAAGCAAGAAUCCAAAGAGUGAUUUAUCAUGGCAGUCAUGAGAGGUCUUGCGCUUCUUUUUUUGGUCUUUUCUGUGGAGAAUUCAGCAGCUGAAGACUGUUCAUUUGGAUGGACACCUUUUGGAGUUCAAUGCUUCAAGUUCUUCCCCCAGGCAGUUGACUGGGUCACAGCAGAGAAAAAUUGUCAAAGCCUUGAUGGAAAUCUUGCGUCUGUGCGCAGUAAAGCACAAAAUGAUUUUCUCCUGAGUCUGGUACCUGUUAACACUCGUGUUUGGAUUGGAGGUCAUGAUGGUGAAAUUGAACAACAAUGUCUGUGGACUGACGGAUCUCCAUUUGACUACACCAACUGGUGCAAAACACAACCUGACAAUUUUAAAGGUUCUGAGCACUGCCUGGAGAUAAACUUGAGCAGUAACCGUUGCUGGAACGAUGAAGCCUGUAGUACCACACUAGCUUACAUUUGUUCUCGAAGACCCUCAUGAGAAUUCUGCAUAGAGUACACCUUUGAAAUUGUACCACCACAUCAUCUCUAAA